UUUUUUAAAAAAAUUAUAUUUAUUUUUGAAAACAAAAAUGUCUUUUGAAUAUUCUAAAGAUCUUAUUAAUGAUUAUGAAAAAUUACUUGAAAUUGAUAAAGGAUAUGAUGUUAUUAUAUACGCUGGUGAAAAUGAUAAUAUGAAGGAAAUUUAUGCUCAUUCAUUCAUAUUACGCAUUAGGUCACAAUAUUUUCGUGCGGCAUUCUCUAAUGAAUGGGCUAUUAAAAAAGAUGGAAAAUUUAUUUUUAAAAAACCUAACGUUUCUCCUCAAAUAUUUAAAAUUGUUUUAAGAUUUAUUUAUUGUGGAAAAGUUGAUUUAAAAAAUUUAAAAAAUCCAGAAUUAUUGAAUCUUUUAGUCGCUGUGGAUGAACUCAAUAUCCAAACAUUAAUCCCUUGUAUUCAAGAUUAUUUAAUUAAUCAUCAACAUGAAAUUUUGCAACAAAAUCCCGUUGAAAUUCUUGAAAUUGUACAUUCAGUUCAUCAAUGUGAUACUUUCUCAAGAUUAUGGGAUUAUUUUCUUGAAACAAUUUGUGAUAAACCAGAUAUAUUAUUCAAUCCUGAUAAUUUAAUUAAGUUAAAAGAACCUUUAUUGAAAUUCUUAUUAAACCGGGAUGAUUUAAUGUUGGAUGAAAUUGUUAUAUGGGAUAACUUGAUCAAAUGGAGUUUUACCCAACAUCCUACCAUUCAACAAGAUGUUAAUAAAUGGAAUAAUGAAGAAAUCGCAAUUAUGAAAAGUACUUUUCAAGAUUUCAUUCCUUUAAUUAGAUUUUAUCAAAUAUCUUCAGAAGAUUUUCAUUCAAAGGUAUACCCUUUCAGAGUAUUGCUACCUGAAGAUUUGAUUGAUAACAUACUUGCUUUUCAUGCAACACCAAAUAAAAUACUUGAUAAUAAUAUACAACCCUCUAGAAAUCCAAAAUAUAAUACAUAUAUUGUUAAGUCUCAACAUUUUGCUAUUUUUUCUAGUUGGAUAGAAAAGAAAUCCAAUUCAUAUUAUAAUUUAAAAUGUAUUCCUUAUCAUUUUAAUUUAAUUUAUCGUGCUAGUAGAGAUGGCUUUACAGCCGAAGCAUUUCAUGAAAAUUGUGAUGAUAUAGGAGCUACUAUAACUAUAGUAAAAAUUAAAGGAUCAGAACAAAUUUUUGGUGGUUUUAAUCCAUUUGAUUGGGAUUUAUGUGGUGAUUAUAAAACUACAAAAAAUAGUUUUAUAUUCUCUUUUAUGGAUAGAAAGAAUAUGAAAACUGCGAAAGUUGGUUAUAGUAAUGGUCGAUGUUCUGUAGGUUGUUAUCAAGAUUAUGGUCCAAUAUUUGGUUAUUAUCUUUAUUAUAAAAAUACUCAUUGGAUGGUUAAUAAUGAUUUUUCAAGGAAUUAUCCUGGUAUUAAAAUUCCAAUAUCAGUAUUAGAAAUUACAAAUAUUGAUGAUUAUGAAGUUUUUCAAAUUGUAAAGAAAUCAUAAACUGAAAAAUAUAUUAGUCAAUUUUUAGUAUUGGAAAAUUUUUUCAGCAGGUCGUUAUAUUUUAAAAUAGUCUAUUUUUCUUAUUAAUAGUAUCUCGUUGUCUGAAUUCUUGAUCUCCUCUCUCAUUCCUUUUAAUAUUAUUUACUUAAUUUUUUUACAAUUACCUUGUAAGUCUAUCAGCGGAUUGAGUGUACAGCGAAUAUUUUUUUCGUUUUUUUUUUUCAGAAUUCAAUUGUAUUAUUAUAUAUUGCAAAAAAAAAAGAUUUUUCAAAUUGAAAUCAAUCAUCGUUUCUAUGAUCACACGAAUUUAAUAUUCUUUUUUUUAUAAAUUUUUUUUGG